CUUGCAGACAGCAGCCUGCUGGAGAGCUACACCGAGGGCGAGAUCCGCCAGCUCGUCUCGGCGCUGGUGGAGCGCUACAGCCAGGCCAUGAACUCGGGGGGCCACGAGCUGCCGCUCUUCCCUCGGGCCGGCAGCCGCCGCAAGCGUGCCCGCGCCCGCCACAAACCCUGCGAGCUGCGGGAGCUGGAGGUGAGCGUCAGCGAGCUGGGCCUGGGCUACGAGUCGGACGAGACGGUGCUUUUCCGCUACUGCAGCGGCACCUGCGAGGCCGCCGUGCGCAGCUACGACCUGUCGCUGAAGAGCAUGAGGAGCCGCCGCAGGAUCCGCCGGGAGAAGGUGAGGGCCAGGCCCUGCUGUCGCCCGCUGGCCUACGACGACGACGUGUCCUUCCUGGACGCCUACAACCGCUACUACACCGUCAACGAGCUCUCGGCCAAGGCGUGCGGCUGCGUGUGAGGCGCCGGGGACGUCCCCACACGAGGGGAGAGGGAGGGAAGAGGCGACGCCCCAGCGCCCGAACCUCGCCGGGCUGACGGCGGGAAGAGCGGGAUGGAGUCCGGAGCGGCUGGAGGAGGAGGAGGGACUGAGCCGCUGGCGCAUCCCAAGGACUACAGACACGGAGGUCAUCGGAGCGGUGACGGCUGCCUGGGGCUGUUGUCCCCCCCUAGGAGGUGGCCCAGGGGUCCUUGUGAGCCCCUCCAGGGGUGACCCAGGGGUCCCUGUUGCCCCCCUCCCAGAGGUGACAGCGGGUGUGUGGCGUGCACGGGACACGUCCUACGCUCGGGGUUCAAUGUCACCCGUGUCACACCCGCCGGGUCGCGUCACCUGCCCGGGGGUGGGGGUGUCACAAGGUGGGUGUCCCCUGCACGGGGUGGUCCCCACGUGCCAGGGGUUCCGUGUUGGGUGUGUGGCACACGCCGGUGCUGUGAUGGUGAGCAGGGGUUGGUGUGGGGGUGUUGCUGCACGUGGAGUGGUGCCGGUGGUGUGUGGGGCUGGACGGGGUGUGCUGAACACACAGGGUGUUUUGGGGUGUCCAGCACACACGCUGUGUGUUUUAGGGGGUGCAACACACACACAGUGAGUGUUUUGGGGUGUCCAGCACUCACAGUGAGUGUUUUGGGGUGUGCUGAACGCACAGUGUGUUUUGGGGUGUCCAGCACACACACUGUGUGUUUUAGGGGGUGCAGUACACACAGAGUGUGUUAUAGGGUGUGCUGUUAUAGGGCGUGUGAUUUGGGGUGUCCAGCACACACGGUGAGUGUUUUGGGGUGUCCAGCAGACACACAGUGUUUUUUGGGGUGUGCUGAACACACAGGUGUGUUAUAGGGUGUGCUGUUAUAGGGUGUGUGUUUUGGGGGGUGCAGCACACACAGUGAGUGUUUUGGGGUGUGCAGCACACACAGUGUGUUUUGGGGGGUCCAGCACACACAGAGAGUGUUUUGGGGUGUGCUGAACACACAGGGUGUGUUAU